UUACCCUGCACUAUAGUAUGGUGACAUGAAUGCUAAAAUACAAUUGGACUGGUCCAAGCAGAAUAGAGUACAUCUGAAUUGAAUUAGGGUGAGAGAACAAUAUGUCUGAAGAUCUCUAUGCCAAGGUAGAUCUCACCAAAAAAGUUAGAUUUCAGACAGCUGAGAAGGAGGACACAAAUGCAGACAACAAUGGUAACAUCGAUAAUGUAACGAUUUACGACAACUACUGCGCAGAAGGAAGCACUCCACCGAAAUCACCGGACAACGGCACUGACGACCAACAGCAAACCACUUCAGUCAAUGUAAGUUCAGGACAGAGGAAUCUUUUCAAAGCUGCUGCAGUGUUUCUGGGGCUGCUGUGUCUUGUCCUCCUGGCUGCAGUCAUUGUCUUGGUAGUUUUAUGGAUUCAAGACAAAAACAACUGGAGGGUGAGCAAUGAGAAACUGACCCUGAAGACAAGCGAGUUAGAGGCCAUGAACAACAACCUCACCAAUGAGACAGACAAACUACAGACAAGUUAUCGUGAAUCGAAAAACCUCAAUCACAACCUGACCCUGAAGAUAAGCGAGUUAGAGGCCAUGAUCAACAACCUCACCAAUGAGACAGACAGACUACAGACAAGUUAUCGUGAAUCGAAAAGCCUCAAUCACAACCUGACCCUGAAGAUAAGUGAGUUAGAGGCCAUGAACAACAACCUCACCAAUGAGACAGACAAACUACAGACAAGUUAUCGUGAAUCGAAAAGCCUCAAUCACAACCUGACCCUGAAGAUAAGCGAGUUAGAGGCCAUGAACAACAACCUCACCAAUGAGACAGACAAACUACAGACAAGUUAUCGUGAAUCGAAAAGCCUCAAUGACAACCUGAUCCUGAAGAUAAGAGAGUUAGAUGCCAUGAUAAACAACCUCAUCAGUGAGAGAGACCAACUAAAAAGUUUUAUUUUAGGUGAAUUAGGAUGGGUGUAUUUCAGCGGUAGCCUUUAUUACAUCUUUCUAAAGAAAAAAGACCUGGCAACAAGUAGAGAUGACUGUCAGCAGAGAGGGGGCAGACCUGGUGAUUAUCAACAGCAAAGAAGAACAGUCGACUUAAUCCCCAGAGCCAAACCAAGACAGCUGGGAGCCCGGGCUUUAUGGGAUUCAAGACAAAAACACUGGAGGGUGAGCAAUGAGAAACUGACCCUGAAGACAAGCGAGUUAGAGGCCAUGAACAACAACCUCACCAAUGAGACAGACAAACACAGACAAGUUAUCGUGAAUCGAAAACCUCAAUCACAACCUGACCCUGAAGAUAAGCGAGUUAGAGGCCAUGAUCAACAACCUCACCAAUGA